AAUUCUCCCUUGCGAGGACCCUCCCACUCCUAGUACAAGAGUGACACGCCAUUUAAUCGCUGUCUGGCCUUUUGCGCUUCUCGGAAAUAGGAGAGCAAUCGUUAAGCGCUUCCGCGUCGAAAACGACCCAAAUUUGAGAUUGCGAGAAGCUACCGUCGAAGGAGUAACGCAGAAUCGUGUGGAUAUGGGUAUCCGGAAAAAAAGCAGCAAGAGCCCGCCGGUGAUGAGCCACGAAUUCGUCAUCCAGAACCAUGCCGAUAUUGUGUCAUGCGUUGCUAUGGUGUUCCUUCUCGGGCUGAUGUUCGAGGUCACGUCCAAGUUUGCAGUGUUGUUCAUCACCGUCCAGUACAACGUCACCAUUUCAACAAGUGGCCCAGAGGAGACUUCCGUCAAUCACUUCCACCACGGCAUCAAAGACCUGGCCACCAUCUUUUUCUAUAUGCUGGUGGCCAUCAUCAUGCACGCCAUCAUCCAGGAGUACGUGCUGGACAAAAUCAUUCGGAAGAAACACUUCUCCAAAACCAAACACAGCAAGUUCAACGAGUCGGGCCAGCUCAGCGCUUUCUACCUGUUCUCCUUCGGCUGGGGCGCAAGCAUCCUCUUCUCUGAGAACUUCCUGUUCAAUCCCAGUUCGCUGUGGGAAGGUUACCCCCACAUGCUGAUGCCGCUGCAGAUGAAGUUCUACUACAUCUGCCAGAUUGGCUAUUGGCUUCACGCACUCCCUGAACUCUACUUCCAGAAGACAAAAAAGGAGGAUAUUCCACGCCAGCUGGUCUACAUUUUCCUCUACCUGGUCCACAUCGCCGGCGCUUAUAUCCUCAAUUUGAACCGUCUCGGUCUGGUCCUGCUCGUGCUGCACUACUUUGUCGAGCUCCUCUUCCACGUUUCCCGCCUCGUCUAUUUCAGUAACGAGAACAGACAACUGGGCUUCAAGGUGUGGGCCGCUCUCUUCGUCCUCGGGCGUCUCCUCACGCUCUCCCUCUCCGUCCUCACGGUGGGCUUCGGCCUCGCCAACGCAGACAACCAAGGCUUCGAUUUGGCCACGGGAAACUUCAACGUUCUUUUCGUGAGGAUCACCGUGCUGGCCGGUGUGUGUCUGACGCAGGCCUUCAUGAUGUGGAAAUUUAUCAACUUUCAGCUGCGCCGCUGGAGGGAGCACGCCUCAGUGCAGACCCUCAAGAAGAAACAGGGGCCCUCCAAGAGCAAAGCAAAGAAAGCCAACGGUGUCAAUGGCGUCAACUCCCACGCCGCAGACUCACCGAGAUCCCGGAAGGAAAAAUCUUUUUAAAAGAUUCUCCGUCAGUAGCCCUUCCCUCUCGUUAGGGCCCCUUCCCUCUCUCUCCUCAAGAAGCUUCCCAAGUGGCCGUAGGAUGGAUUUAUGAAUCGUCGGAAAGGCCGCGCCGCUGUGCCAUUUUUGGGUGGGAACGAACCAACAAAUUGUGGAAUAAACUGUUGCAAAAGGAAAAAAAAAGACCCUAUUUAAGAAAAAAGUGCCUAUUGAUACAGAUCGUUUGUACAGGGUGUGUCAUUUUUUAAAAUUGUGUGUUUUGAUGCCCCCAAAUGUCUGUUUCAUUUCACCCCGCGCCCACAAAAAAAAAAUCUUGUAUGAAUUACUUCACUUUCCUUUUUAGCUUUGAUUUCUGUUUUGCAGCCGAGCAAACACGACUGCGUCACUGUCUGACAAAGUUGAAACAUGCAGGUAGAUGUACAUCUUUUUUAAAAAUAAAUAAAUAAAAACACCCGGUCGGUGCUGGAUGAGGGCUCCCAGUUAAUUCAAGGAGAUAUUAGGAGAGAGGGAACUCUGCGUUUUUUUUCUGCAUUUCUAUUGCUUAUGAGAAGAGGGAUUUGUUGUAAAAAUGUAGAGGGUUUUCCAGUUUUUGAUUGUGCCAAAUAAAUCAGAUUGACUGUU